AUGGCACCCACCACAAAUUCCAAUGGCCCAGAUGAGGGUUUGUUUGGUAUCGACAAUGCUUCCAACCCUCUUCCAGCACUGGCCGCUUGCGCUCGAGGCUUCUUAUCGGAGACCUACGACUUCAUCAUCAUCGGUGGCGGUACAGCUGGUCUUGCUGUAGCUGCUCGCCUGACAGAAGAUCCUGAAGUUGUCGUUGGUGUACUCGAGGUCGGCAAAUCACGACUUGAUGAUCCUCUCGUGGACAAUCCUGCUGCUUUUGUACAAAUGCUCGGCAACCCUGAAUACGAUCAUUGUUUCAAGACCGUACCGCAGGUUGGAACCCUCACAAGAUCUGAUGCCGACUACGACGACUGGGCAACUCUAGUGGGAGAUUCUGGUUGGUCUUCAACGGCUCUCAAACAUUACAUGCGCAAGCAUGAAACACUUGAACCCAUCGAUGAGUCAAUCCUAGACCAGACCGACUAUCCUCACAUCGGCGAGCAUCACGGCACAAACGGCCCAGUUCACACGUCUUUCAACGAGAGCUCGCUCCCAAUCGAUCCUUGGAGCGGUGAUCACAUUGGCUUCUACAACACACUCGGACUUGUGGCACGAUCUGGACCUCACAAAGGCAAGAGGAGUUAUGCUGCUCGUGGCUACUUCGAAGCUAAUGCUAGCCGACCCAAUCUGAAGGUACUCUGUGAAGCACAGGUAAACAAGAUCGUUCUCGAGGAUGGCAUUGCCAAAGGAGUAGAGUUUGUGUGGGACGGCAUGCAUGAAACUGUUUAUGCUAAGAAGGAAGUGAUCCUUUGCGGUGGCACGAUCAACUCGCCACAGAUCUUGGAACUCUCUGGUAUCGGCGAUCCUGCAAUCCUCGAACAGGCUGGUGUCGAGUGCAAGGUUGAGCUUCCUGGCGUCGGUCGAAACCUCCAGGAUCAUGCUGUUGUUGCCAUCGGCUUGGAGCUCAAGCCCGGUAACAUUACUUCCGACAUCUUGGGCGACCCAGCCACGAUGGAAGCAGCCGUAAAGGCUUACACCGAGCACCAAUGUGGACCACUAACAUCUAUAUCAUGCACGCAAGGUUUCCUUCCCUACGAGAAUGUGGUCUCCUCCGAUGAGUUGGAAAACACUGUCAAGACUAUUCGUGAGAUCCAGAAUGCUCCCCAUACCACGCCUUUCUACAAGCAACAGCUGGAUCUGAGUUCCGUCAUUGAUCCUGCAUACCUGAAACACCCCGCUGACGUUGCAGUCCUGGCAGCUGGACUCGACUUUGUGCACAAAGCAACCAAGACCAAGCACCUGGCUCCAAUCAUCCAAUCACGUUUCUGUCCAGCUGCAUCAAGAGACCUUGAUAAUGCUGCCGACCGUGAAGAGGCCGUCAAAGAUUGGGUCAUGGGCGAAUAUCACCUCAUCGGCACUUGCGCGAUGGGAGAAGUUGUGGAUAGUAGGCUGCGUGUCAAGGGUGUCAAGGGACUGAGAGUUGUGGACGCUAGUGUGUUCCCGAACCACGUCAGCGGCAACAUCUGCAGUAGUGUAUACACUGUGGCAGAGAAGGCUGCCGAUCUCAUCAAGGAGGAUUGGGAUAUCGCGUUGGAGGUGCCGGAGGUCGCCAAGUUGCAGCUGUGA